CUAAUCAUUUCAAUUUCUCAACACAUUUUGUUGAUUAUUUGAUUAAUUGUUCUUAAUUUUGGUUAAUUAAUUCGGUCUUGGCUUUUGUUUCAUUAUUCUCAGUCUGUAAUAAUUGUGUCUUUAAUCUGUUGAUUUUUCCUUUUCUUCAGACUUUUGGUUUCUUUUGGUUCGGAGUUGAUUUAGUUUCAUGUCUCUUUCUAUUGACAAUUUAAUUCCAAUCGAUGCUGAUAAAAUUGGUAACACAUCGGACCAAAUAUUAUUGACCAGUGAUGACUUGACAAACUCAUCUUGCCUUUUCAAUUCUCUAUUGUAUCAAACUGUGAAAUUGCUCAAGACACAACCAACCAUUGAUGAAGAAAAGCCAACCAAAUUGUUCCUCAUUCUAUUCAAUCAAACUUUUAAUGAAAUCAGUCGAUAUCAAAUGAAAAGUUUUGGAUUAAAUCUUAAACCUCUCAAGGACAGUGAGAAGUUGCUUGUUAUGGAUUUACUGACUGAUUUCGAACAAAUCAAAACGAAUGGUUCAGUCUCUUUUGAUUCUGUAAUGAGCAACACUUUGCACACAAUUAGAGAAAAAUUGUCCUCAGACUCUGAUCAGAGUAAAGCAAUUAUCCUGGUUGAUGAUGCUUCUUGUUUACUAUCCUUGGGUCUGCCAAUCAAUCAAGUUCAUCAAUAUUAUCGUCGCCUUAGAAACCUUGUCCAUUACUAUAAAUUUGUUUUGAUAAUCCAAAGUUAUUAUGACUACGAAGAAGAUGAUGCUGAAAACAAUAGACUAUGUCGAUCCCUGAUUGAUACAUCAAAUACUUGGAUAAUUUGUAAGCAUUUGGACUCUGGAUUUUCAAGUAAAGUCGAUGGAAAUCUUAUCAUCAAUAACUACCACGAAUGGCCAACUAAAAUUAACCAUUUUCAUUUUAAAAGAAUGCCAAGGAAUAUUAGAAUCCUACCAAUCGGAGCAUUUGCCUAACUUACUUGUAUAAACUUUUGAUAUGAGAAAAACUUUGAAAAACUAAAGUUUUCACUUUUUCCAAUUCUUA